AUGCUCUGUAGUUCCAAAGGAAGUACCCCAGUGGGUGUAAAUCCCCUGGACAUCCAUGUGGCUGAGUUAAAACACUAUGUCCAGAGAGAGACAGAGGUGGUGAAGGUGGCCAGGGAUGUGGUGAAGCAGCUUGAGGAGCUGCCAUCCCAGGACCAAUUAGCCCUGGCUGAGGCCCGGUCCCGUGUGCAAGACUCUUCUCAGAAGCUAGAUCUUCUGCGACUUUCUCUGGAUCACCGCCUGGGUGAGUCAUCUCAGGAGGCUCUCCGGGAGCCUGUCACCAAAAAGGGGCUCCCUACAGUAUCCCCACCCCAGGAGGGACAACAGCAAAAUUGCCUACUUUGCUCCUUCCCCUCCUCCACCUCCUCAUCCUUUCUCAAGCCGGCCUCCCUAACAGGCCUGUUCUCCUGA